UCAUGGCGAACGCACCUCUGUCGACCGGGACAGCAAGCUUAGGCAGCUUUGCCGUGGGAACUGCACUCUACUGGCUGUACUUCAAUCGCUACGAGACACAUCUUCAUGCCUUUACCUACGUUGUCACCUUUCUGGCUUCAUACACUGCACUAGCAGUCGUUCUGAUCAAUACCUACUCUAACACCAUUUUGGCAUCUGCAGCUUUCACAAAUGUGGUCGCUGCUUCAUGCCUCAUCGGAAUAUAUGGCAACCUACUCUUCUAUCGACUAUUUCUCAACCCAUUGAACAAAUUCCCAGGGCCGUACGGCGCAAGAAUAUCGCAGUUUUGGUGGUCAUUCCAGCUGGGCAAAGCAGAUGGCUACUACCACCUUUCUGAUUGGCACAAAAAAUAUGGCAAAUACGUACGAGUGGGCUCUCAUAAUCUUUCCAUCACCGACCCAGAAAUUAUGGAGCUUGCCUAUGGGUCAAAGUCAAGAGUAGGCAAGGCUAUUUGGUACGAUAACGACAAGCCCCUGACAUCAAUGCACACCACUCGAGAUCGGGGCCUUCAUGACCGGAGAAGACGGGUCUGGGCUCCAGCUUUCUCCGAAAAGGCUCUGCGAGACUAUGAGACGGAGAUCCAAAGAUUGAACGACAAGUUUAUCAACCAAAUGGUCAACCACGAGGGCAGUCCUGCCAACCUCACGAAAUGGUUCAACCUGUUCUCUUUUGAUGCUAUGGGCCUACUUGCUUUUGGCCGUGACUAUGGUAUGCUUGACAAGGGAGAGAAGCCACAUGAAUUAGAGAUGCUGGACGAAGGCAUGCAACCGCUUGCAUAUCGAAUGCCAUCGUGGUUUUUCCGCCUGCUUACGCAUAUUCCGGCCGCAGCUGCCGGCUAUCAAAAGUUCGUGAAAUUCUGCAUUGAUGAGCUUACGUGGCGUGUAAAGAAUGCUGGCGAGACCAAACGUGAGUCUGAUAUCAUGGGCUGGUUAUUGAAGGCGUACAAGGACGUUCCCCAUCCAGAGCGAGACCCUAUGCUGCAAGCUGAUGCCCGUCUCAUCAUUGUCGCCGGGUCGGAUACCACUGCUGCAACGUUCACCUAUCUGUUCUAUCAUCUUGCUCAACACCCUGAAAUUGUUCAGAAGCUACGAGAAGAGCUCGAGCCGUUGAUGCAAGGUAACUGGCAAGAAAAGGACAUUCGAGGAGCACAAUGUCUGAAUGGUUGUAUCAACGAAUCGCUGCGCCUGCACCCUCCAGUCCCAUCUGGCGUUGAGCGUGUGACUCCACCCGAGGGCCUACAAGUCGGUGAAACAUACAUCCCUGGCAACGUGACAUUCUUCACACCUAUGUAUUGCAUGGGACGAGAUCCUGACAUCUACGCCGAGCCAGAAAAGUUCUUACCCGAACGAUGGUACAGCCAAGAGGACAAGGUCAAACACAAGGACGCUUUCGCUCCAUUCUCCAUGGGUCCAUUUGGAUGCAUCGGCAAGAACUUAGCACUUAUGGAAUUGCGAACACUCACAGCUCGCAUAAUUACCACUUUCGACGCCAAGCUAGCGCCUGGUGAAGACGGAUCAAGAAUUCUAGGCAAGACCAAAGACCACUUCACAGUCGACCUCGGGGAUAUGGAAGUCGUGUUCUCGCAGCGAACAUCAGACACUUUGCAACCGGCCCUCGCGAGACGCAAGCAUUGA